AUGAACAACAAGGGUUCAGAAGCUCUGUUCCAGGCUAGUUCGUCGUGCAAACUUCGUCUUGUGCGCAUGCUUGUGGAAGGAGGAACCUCGGUCAAUGUUCGUAACGAGCGCCAGGAGACACCACUAAUGCUAUGCUGUCAAUCCAAGACGGACAUCGAUGAAAAAAGUCGAGUUGUGAGUUACUUACUCAGCCAACAAGCAAAGGUAAAUUUGCAAGACGUUGACGGUCGGACAGCUCUGAUAUACGCUUGCACUUCAAACUCUGGAAAAGGAAUCAUCCAGGCUUUGAUGGAUGCAAAGUCUAAUCCGUGGAUCGAAGAUGGAAGUAAAAGUACAGUGUUUGAUUAUGUAAUGAAUGCUGGGGAUUUAGAGACCACGAGACUUUUAAUUAACGCUUGUCGAGAAAACAUGGAAAUACGAGGAAAUUUUCAAAUGAAAAACUUAGAAGAAUGUCUAGCUAAUAUGCAGGACAUUCGCAAGUUCUCCUGGCCAUUGAUGGGCCCCAGGUUACGGAGAAAUCACAUGAAUUUGUAUGCUGCUGAGAAAGAAGACACUUCCAUCUCCAGCGGAAAUCUCUUAGGUGCUGAUUUAGGGGUUGAUGGCGAAAAUCCUCAACCUGAGAGACGAAGGAAAAGAUCUGUGUGUCACUUUGAUCCGCUUGAUAUUCAAGAAAUAUUACGUUGCUCAGAACAGGCUAAUACCAAUAGAUCAAAAACAGAAAGUGAACAAGAAGGUAAAAGUGAGACGGAAGGGAAGCGAAAAACCUCCGUUCGUUCACUUUCAGAGGAGGAAAGGUUCAGUGUUCAGAUUUCUGAUGCAGAAACCUCGCCGCGUGACCCUUCAUCUGGGCUUGAAAAACUGCUAAAGCUACAAGAUUCUUUCGGCUCUUCAGAUUCAAACGAGUCCCCUUGCCCGACAAGUGAUAGUCGCAGGGAUUCAUUGACAACAGUUGGCUUCUCUUCUGCGAAUAAACACUCAUGGAAAGAGCAAAACUCGAUGCAGGAAAAUGGUUUUUCUAGUUUAGAAAAGGUAGAAGAUAUCACAAUCAAGGGCGCAAGCGAGGUUUCUUUAGCACCAAAGAUGCCUAAUGGCGAUGAUAAGAGUGAAAACGCAAGUUCAUUCGCAGGCGAUGAGACGCAAAAAUCUGCUCAUUUAAACGAAAAGAAUAGAACAGAAAAAGAUUGCGAACAGGAAAAACUUUUCAUAACUCGCAAUUCCUCCACGAGUGUGAUGCUCAACGAGAACUGCUCAUCAUUUGUCGAGACCUCAAUUCAAAGUCUAAGGCAAGUUAAUAGGGACUCCGCCGUGGAUAGGGCAUUUACGGAAAACACAGAAAACAGGUCAAACCGGAUUGUAUCUCCAGCAACCAGUCAGCAGUCGUCUCCCGUUUUGAGCCCCAUAGCAUCCCCAAGAGUAACUCGUCGUCAAACUACUGCACUGACGUUUAAACAAACCACGGUAAGUCCUCGAGCAUCUCCAGUGCCGCCUAUUUUCGACAACAAUCGACAAGAAGCAGGAGCACCCAUUGUAAGACGGUACACUCUAUCUGCAAUGGACAUGGGCAAGUUACAAAACACGGCUGGUAUCAAGACCCUCUUAACACCACCGACACACUCUUCCACCGCUGACAUUGACACCAGGAGGGUGGGGCUGGAGGGAUGCUUUGCCCCUCCUGGGCUGAGGAAGAGUAAGAGUGAUCUGACAGAUUGGAAGUCCAUUUCACGCAAUUUACAGGGUAAAGAGUAUGUAGAAGUCGGACCAAGUCCCGGGCCAAGCAUUCACAGCUUUCAGCAGCUUGUCGGCAACAACAAGGAAGGAAGUGAUAUUACUGAGUUCCAGUUACCAAGUAUCUCUUCACUGAAGAAAGGAAGUCGUUCAACGAUGAUCACUACCACAGAGAGCAAAACUCAGAAUGCUGAACACAGAAUGGACCUGCCAUUACCUUGGCCAAAUAAUGCCGACAAACAACGCCUGUGCUUCUCUGGUCAGGAAUUUCCUGUCGAUGAUCAAAGACGAUCACCCAGCCCAGGACGCAACUCGCUCCCCUCAUCGCCAAAAGAUCCCACAGUGUCAUCAACAGCUGGCGCCUAUGACUCCGUUGCUAUAGCCAAAGUGGCUGAUUUGUCACCAAGGGGCUCAGAGAACUCACCGGGAGAUGUGUUUCCAGACCUAUUCUUCAACUCUCCCACGAGAGCACACUACACAGAGGACAAUAAUUCCAAGUUGGGGGAAAGCGUAAAAGCAAAUUCGACGAAUUUCAACCUCAGAAAUAACAGAGAUGUCCUUGCUUUAAAUUCCAACGUUUCCGAGGAUCGUAAUGCAGUUUCGUCUCCCAAUCAGCAGCGAAUUAGUCCAAGACUCCGCCCAGCCACACUUCUACCACCGCUGACAAUUUCCAACAGGAGAUCGCCGACGCAUGAACUGGAAGAUGGCUAUUUCUCGGGGUCACCUUCACCAGCGGAUGUUGAAAGUCCACGAAGAAAAUCAAGCAAUGAGUAUCUGCGGUAUUCAUUUCGACCGAUUUCCCCCCGUUCCCCUAUUCGCUCACCAAAGUUCAACGCGGGAAAACUAUCUCAACCACGUUAG